GCUGUAUUCGGGGGACCCCUUCCUUCCCCCCCUCAACUUGGCCAAGACUGUGGCGCGAGCAGAGAUUAGGAGGAGCUGAUUCUUUUCCUCCCCCCGCCCCCUGUUGGUGGGAGCUCACUAGGCCACAGUGCGGGGAGCGACCCCAUCCCUCCUCGGAGUGGGAGACUCGGAGUGGUCGCCUGGCGUCCCUUCCCGCCCGCUUCCCGCCCGCCCGGCCGCCCCGAUGGAGAUCUUGAAGACGCUGGAGAAGAGCCACGUGGGGGGCUGGUUCCCCUGGGGCUUCCUGCCGGCCCCCGACAGCCUGAUCCUGUGGCGCAUCCCGGACGCGUGCAAGGACGUGGAUCUGGACGUGCUGGUGGACGCCCUGAAGCCGGUGGGGCCCUUCAAGAAGAUCGGCAAGGUGUUCCGCCGGGAGGAGGACUCGACGGUGGGCCUGCUGCAGAUCGGGGACGGCGUGGACCCGCUGCUCAUCCCGCGCCAGGUGCGCCUGGCGGGCGGCGUGUGGCGCGUGCUCUCCAAGCCGGCCACGCGCGAGGCGGCCUUCCGCGAGCGCCUGCUGCAGUUCCUGCAGGAGGAGGGCCGCACCCUGGACGACCUGGCCCGCGUGCUCGACCGGAGCACGCCGCACCCGCCCCAGCCGCCCCGGAGGGACGCGCGGCGCCCGGCCCGCCGCAGGGUCCCGCAGGCGCGGCCCCCGCCGCCGCGGCUGGUGGUGGGCACGUACGACAGCAGCGAGCGCAGCGACAGCGACCCGAGCGACCUGGACGCGGCCGCCCCGGCCGAGGCGCGCGCGGGCCCCGGGCGCAGGCGCGCGCGCAGGGCGCCCGUCAGCUACCUGGGCAGCAAGUUCCUGGGCAGCGACGUGGAGAGCGAGGAGGACGAGGAGCUGGUCCAGGCCUUCCUCCGGCGCGGGGAGAAGCCGCCCGCCGCCGCCCCCGCCCGCCGCCGCCCCCCACACCUGCCCGCCGUGCCCAUGUUCGACAACCUGGGGCCCCAGGUGUCCAAGGCCGAGCGCUGGCGCCAAUAUGUCAGCCAGGUGUCCUGGGGGAAACUGAGGCAGAGGGUGAAGGGCUGGGCCCCGAGAUCAGGGGUGGAGGAGGCCCGGCCCCCCCAGGCCUUCACCCCAGCAGCUUCAGGGAGAAAUGGGCCCUCAUCUUCCCCGGGCAGCAGCCCCGGUUCUGGGGGGCAGGGGGGACAGGCAGGAAAUGGGGGUGACAGGAGAAGGGAGGAAGCCUCCGUCACAUGUUGGAGGCCCAAGAUCAAGUGGGCCUCAUUCCGGCUUCGCAGGAGGGAGGCAGCGUCCAGGGCUCCAGAGGUGGACAGCCCAGCCCGAGACCAGGAGCAGGAGGCAGAUAGUCAGAGGGAAGAAGCCAUCAAUGGUCAGAGGGUGGAGGCUGGCAAUAAUCAGAGGGCAGAGGCUGCAGAUCAUCAGAGGGUAGAGGUUGUAGCUGACCAGGAGGAAGAAAUAUCAGCUAAUCAGAGGGCAGAGGCCCCAGCUGACCAGAGGGCUGAGGCUGGGGCCCAGGCUAUCCAAGAAGCUGAAGCCUUGGUUGGCUCCGAAGCUCUGGAGAUAGCCAGAUCUCGAACCCGGAAACAGGCCAAGACAGUGAGGUUCCAGACCCCCAGACGCUUCUCAUGGUUUCACAAGCGUCGAAGAGCCUUCUGGUACACUCCCCGCCUGCCAACCCUGCCCAAGCGAGUCCCCAGGACGGGCGAGGCCAGGAGCCUUAGCGUGCUGAGGGCUGAGGCGAGGGCUGAGGCAGAGCAGGGAGAGCAAGAGGUGCAGCUGUGAGGGGCUCCCCCCACCCCGCCUGCCCCCAGGCACUCAGAGCCAGCGGCUCUGUCUCCUGGCUGAGACAUGGAGGGGGACAGAGGGACAGGCAGCACCUGCCUCGUCUUCCCCCAAACCAUUUUAUGUUUUAUGUAUUGUGCAUUAUUAUCGUUUAAAUAUUGGCUUAGUAGCAGCCCAGAGAAUGGAAAGAU